UAGUUAAAAAUUAAUUCUUUUAAGCUUCGUGUCAUACUGCACCUAAAUUAAUCUCAUAUGAUGAAAUUACUGUGAACGGGGAUUAGUAGAUGCGUACAAGCACCUAACCAGUAUUUUUACCACAUUUGCAAAAGAAGAAUAAUUACUUAUGGGAUCAAAAGUGGAAGUGACAAACAGAUCGUAAAUAAAAACUUCUGAAUUCGGUUUUGGCAACUGCGUUAUUGAUCUAAUUUAAUUGUUUGUUUCAUCAAUUUAUUAAGGAUAUUUAAACAUUGGUGAUCUCUCAGUUAUGGAAACAACUGAAGAGAUUGAAAAAACAGAGCAGUCAAAUGAUCAACCAAUGGAUUCAACAUCAGGUGUGUCAAGUAAUUUGGAAAAACCGGAAAAUGGCUCAGCAAGGAAAGGUUCCGCUACCAAAAGCAAGAAGAGGAAAAAGACAAUUAAAGACCACACUGCUCCUCGACAACCAUUAACAGGCUACAUCCGUUUUCUGAAUGAUAGGAGAGAUACUGUACGAAAUGAAAAUCCAAAUCUGCCAUUUGCAGAAAUAACCAAACUUUUAGCGGGUGAAUGGAUGAAUCUUCCUACAGACGAGAAACAGCAAUAUUUGGAUGCAGCUGAACAAGAUAGGGAACGUUACUUACAAGAGCUAAGUGCUUACAAGAAAACCGAGGCCUAUCGCUUAUUUACCCAGAAACAAGCGAACAGAAAACAAAAGGAGGAGUCCCAGGAAGAUGAGAUACCAGAAAAAGAGCCUGAAAAUUUGUUUACCGGAUUUGACAUACCAAUAUUUACAGAAGACUUUUUAGAUCAUAACAAAGCUCGGGAGGCUGAGCUACGACAGUUGCGUAAGAGCAACACGGACUACGAGCAGCAGAACGCAAUUCUACAGAAGCACAUGGAGAACAUGAGAGCUGCGGUGGACAAACUGACUGUGGAAACACAACAGCAACACAGCAACAACACCAUUCUGCAGGAACACCUGCAGCAGAUCAGGUCCACACUGGCCAUCGGAUUCUCCAACCUGCCACUGCCUGGUACCAAAGAGACUGCUACUCUUCAAAACAUCGACAGCUACAUGAAUAAACUCCAUUCGAUACUUAUGGACCCGAAUAAUUCCAACCAUACUUUUACCAACGCCGUAAAAGACAUCGUCUCCCGAUUAGAGUUUAGUGAUUAAAUUAAGUUUUAUUUUCUAA